AUGUCUAUUUCAGUGUUUAAACCAUGUAGGAAAGAAAUGUAUUCUAUUGUCUAUGGAAAGUCUACUAAUUUAAAUUUAACUGUUUGUCCAAGUCCAAUGUCUAAGACUGUUGUUAUCCAAAGUCCUAGUCCUAUGGAUUUUAAAAAAUCAACAAUACCAAUUCCAAGAGUAUCUCGAUUAAAGAAAAAAUGGAAUAAUGAAUUAAAAAGAGUUGCUGUAACUAAAGCUAAAGAAAUUGGAUUAACUAAAGCAACCCGUUUUUUACAGUUAAACUAUCCCACUGAAUUUGGAGAAUUAUCUCCAAGUACAUUACAAUAUUGGAUUCAAAAGUGUGCAUAA